AUGACUACACCAGCAAUAGAACUUCCACCAGAUUCAGAUGUCUUUGCUUCAAAAGCUGAUAUAAGGCAAGUCACUCCAAGAGCCAUAAUUACAGGUUUAUUCAUCGGUAGUAUAGUUCUAAUAUCAAAUUUCUUCUUUGCUUUCCAAACAGGUUGGAUUUCAAUGAUGUCUUUACCAUCUGCACUUUUAGCAUAUGCUAUUUUCAAACAAUUAAAACCAUAUUUAUCUUAUAAAUUCACAGAUGUGGAAAAUGUAUUUAUUCAAAGUAUAUCAGUUGCUGUGGGGACUGGUCCUUUAGCUUAUGGAUUUGUUGGUGUUAUACCUGCUAUUGAAAAAUUCUUAAGAUCUGAUGAAUCAGGUACAGGUGAAUUAGUUAAAUUUUCAACAAUAGAUUUGAUAAUUUGGUCAACUGGUUUAGCUUUUUUUGGAAUUUUUUUUGCAAUUCCUUUAAGAAAACAAGUUGUUAUUAAGGAAAAAUUACCAUUCCCAUCAGGUAGUGCAACUGCUACCUUGAUUUCUGUUUUAAAUAAUAGUGAAAUUCGUCAUGAAGAUACAAAUAAUGCAAGAGCAAAUGGUGAUUAUAAUGAAUUGUUAAUUGAAACUGAUGAAGAAUCAAAUUCAAAUGAAGAAUCUUCAAUAAAUUCAAAUCAUCAAGAACAAGUUGAAGAACCUGUUUCGGAAUCUUCACCAUUAUUAGAUAGCUCUCUAAUAAAACCAAAUAAUCAAGACCAAGAUUCUUAUAGUGAAAACAUUACAUCAUUAAUUUAUACAUUUUCAAUAUCUUCAUUAUAUACAAUAACAUCAUAUUUCAUACCAAUUUUAAGAAAUUUACCAAUUUUUGGUUCUUUUUUAGCAAAUGAUUACUUAUGGACUUUUCAACCAUCACCUGCUUAUAUUGGACAAGGUAUUAUAAUGGGAUUACCAACUGUUUCAUACAUGUUAUUUGGUGCCUUCUUGGGUUGGGGUAUCUUAGCACCAUUAUCAAAAAAUUUAGGUUGGGCACCUGGUGAAAUUGAUGAUUGGAAAACUGGUGCCCAAGGUUGGAUCUUAUGGAUUAGUUUAGCAGUGAUGGUUAGUGAUAGUGUAGUGGCAUUUUUGGUUGUUACAAUAAAAUCAAUUUGGAAUUUUUAUCAAAAAUCAAUAACUAGUUAUAAUGCAACUACAAGAUUAAAUAAAAAUGGGAAUCCAAUAAGUGCUACUGGAAGUUAUGAUGAUAAUGAAGCUGAUCCACAACAUUUAAUUCAUACCAAUACUGUGGUUUGGGGAUUAUUAGGAUCCUCAAUACUUUGUAUUUCUUCAAUGACUUAUUUAUUUGGUACCAAAAUCGUACCUAUUUAUUCAUCAAUCAUUGCAAUAAUAUUAGCAUUAUUUUUAUCAGUUUUGGGGGUUAGAGCAUUAGGUGAAACUGAUUUAAAUCCAGUUAGUGGAAUUGGUAAAUUAUCACAAUUAAUCUUUGCAUUAAUCAUCCCAAAGGAUCAUCCAGGUUCAGUUUUAGUUAAUUUAGUCGCUGGUGCUAUAGCAGAAGCUGGUGCUCAACAAGCUGGUGAUUUAAUGCAAGAUUUAAAAACUGGACAUUUAUUAGGUGCUUCACCAAGAGCUCAAUUUAUUGCUCAAUUGAUUGGAACUGUAUGGUCAAUUUUCCUUAGUGCUGUGAUGUACAAGAUUUAUAAUUUAGUUUAUGAAAUUCCAAGUAAAAUUUUCAGAAUUCCAACUGCUGUUAUUUGGAUUGAUUGUUCAAGAUUAGUUACAGGUGAAGGUUUACCACCAUAUGCAUUUGAAUUUUCUUUAUUAUUUGGGUUAAUAUUUGGUAUAAUUUCAUUGAUUAAAAAUGUAUUCAAGAAUAAUCCAAGUGUUCAAGAUAAAUUAGUUUGGUUACCUUCAGGUGUUGCAGUUGGUGUGGGUAUUUAUAAUACUCCAUCUUUUACAAUUGCAAGAUUUUUGGGUGGUGUUAUUGCUUAUAUUUGGAUGAAGAAAUGUAAACAUUGUCAUGAAGGUAAGACUGCAAUGAUUGUUUUCAGUUCUGGAUUAGUUUUAGGUGAAGGUGUUUUCAGUAUCGUUAAUAUGACAUUGACCUCACUUGGUGUUCCUCAUUUAUAG